CCUCCCCUUCAGUCUUGCACAGGUGUACCGGCUCCUCCCAUUCAGUCUUGCACAGGUGUACCGACUCCUCCCCUUCAGUCUUGCACAGGUGUAACGUCUCCUCCCCUUCAGUCUUGCACAGGUGUACCAGCUCCUCCCAUUCAGUCUUGCACAGGUGUACCGGCUCCGCCCAUUCAGUGUUGCACAGGUGUACCGGCUCCUCCCCUUCAGUCUUGCACAGGUGUACCAGCUCCUCCCCUUCAGUCUUGUACAGGUUUACCGGCUCCUCCCCUUCAGUCUUGCACAGGUGUACUGGCUCCUCCCCUUCAGUCUUGGACAGGUGUACUGGCUCCUCCCCUUCAGUCUUGCACAGGUGUGCUGGCUCCUCCCCUUCAGUCUUGCACAGGUGUACCAGCUCCUCCCCUUCAGUCUUGCACAGGUGUCCCAGCUCUCCCCUUCAGUCUUGCACAGGUGUACCGGCUCCUCCCCUUUAGUCUUGCACAGGUGUACUGGCUCCUCCCCUUCAGUCUUACACAGGAGUACCGGAUCCUCCUCUCCAGUCCUGCACAGUUUUACCCGCUCCUCCCCUCCAAUCCUACACAGGUGUACUGGCUCCUCCCCUCCAAUCCUACACAGGUGUACUGGCUCCUCCCCUCCAAUCCUACACAGGUGUACUGGCUCCUCCCCUCCAAUCCUACACAGGUG